ACUUGGACAAUGAUUCUAUUGGCAUACACUGCCCUGGCUUAUCCAUUGUCACUUCCAGAAAACAUUAAAGACAUGGAACAACAGGAGUUUGCUAAGAAUAUGGAUUUACAAGAAGAAAAGUACCCACCAUUGCCAUAUGCUUUGGAACAAGAGUCACAAUUGAUUCCUCGACAAUUUAUGAUCAACGUAAAACCCAACAAUGGUAUUAACGAAAUGAAUAACAUUUUCCAGGAACAAUUGGACGUGGACAAAAAAUAUGCUUCACCUUUCAUCUUUUUAAAGCGAUACCCUAUGACUACUUGUCACUUCAAAAUCUGUAAUAUGGGAAAAUAA